AUGUCCGACGCGGAAGAGGUGGAGGAGUACGAGGGGGAGCAGGAAGAAGCAGCUGUGGGAGAGCAGGAGGAGGCCGCCGAGGAGGAGGCCGCGGAGGAGGAGGCCGUGGAGGAGGCCGCGGCGGGGGAGGAGGCCGAGGACGACAGACAAGAGGAGGAGGUGAAAGAGGCUGAAGAUGGCCCCGUCGGGGAGUCCAAGCCCAAGCCCAGGCCCUUCAUGCCCAACCUGGUGCCCCCCAAGAUCCCCGACGGAGAGAGGGUGGACUUUGACGACAUCCACCGGAAGCGCAUCGAGAAGGACCUGAACGAGCUGCAGACGCUGAUCGAGGCCCACUUCGAGAACCGGAAGAAGGAGGAGGAGGAGCUCAUCUCGCUCAAGGACAGGAUCGAGAAGCGGAGGGCGGAGCGCGCGGAGCAACAGCGCAUCCGGAGCGAGCGGGAGAAGGAGCGGCAGAACCGCCUGGCGGAGGAGCGGGCCCGGCGGGAGGAGGAGGAGAGCCGCCGGCGCGCGGAGGACGACGCCCGCAAGAAGAAGGCGCUGUCCAACAUGAUGCACUUUGGCGGCUACAUCCAGAAGACGGAGAAGCGGAGCGGGAAGCGGCAGACGGAGCGGGAGAAGAAGAAGAAGAUUCUGGCCGAGAGGAGGAAGGUGCUGGCCAUCGACCACCUGAACGAGGACCAGCUGAGGGAGAAGGCCAAGGAGCUGUGGCAAUGCAUCUACAACCUGGAGGCUGAGAAGUUCGACCUGCAGGAAAAGUUCAAGCAGCAGAAGUACGAGAUCAACGUGCUCCGGAACCGAAUCAAUGACAACCAGAAAGUCUCCAAGACCCGAGGGAAGGCCAAGGUCACCGGACGCUGGAAGUGA